AUGGCAAAGUGUAAAAUAGUAUUUUUAUUAUUUGGUUUAGCCGCAUUCAGUGUUGCAUCACCUGCAAAACCAAGUUUCUGGAAGGGUACACCGUUAGACACAGCCGUGGAAUCAAUGCGAUCAGACUGUGCGAAUAAUGAUGAAAUUGCUUGUAUGAAAUAUAAAGUGAUGUCCUUGUUGGAUACAGUUUUCAAAAAAGAUUCAUACCAGUUGACCGAAGACAUUUCUGUGGUUCGCAACGCCGCUCCAGUAAAUGAAGUUUCGGGCCGUAGUGAUGGUGAUUUCUUAGAUACAAUUGAAUCUUAUAUUCGUAGUCACGAUGUGUCUUUCAAACUACCAAUUGUCGGUGGUGAAGUCACUGUACAACCACGUAAUUUAGAUCAAGAUGAAUUCAAUGUGAAUGUCAAAUUAAAUGAUUCUGCUGAUGAAGCCAAAGGUGCCGCUCGUCGUUCCAAAUUGAAGAAAAUCAUUGUACCAAUCCUAGUCUUCGUUUUAUUGAAAGCUUUAACAGUUGUACCUCUCGCAUUAGGAGUCUUGGGUCUUAAAGCAUGGAACGCACUUCAAUUAUCUUUCUUCUCAUUCGUUGUAUCCGUUGCAUUGGCUAUUUUCCAAUUAUGUAAGAAAAUUGCUGCCGAUAAUGCACAUCCACCAACCAUUGCCGCUCAUGGAUGGGAUGCCGCCGCUCAACAGUAUUAUCAAGCACGUGCAUUCGAAAGUCAACCCGCUAUGGAAAUUCCAGUCAGUAAUGUUGAUGCACAAAGUAUGGCAUAUGCUGCAUACAAUUAA